AUGUCAUCUUUAUCGCUGUACUCGUUUAAAACCUGCCUACAAUUCAACCCAGUAAUGGCGGAACCAGGGUUAAACCAACACGUCUUGGUCUUCGAGAAUCCUAAUGGCGUCAGGAAAUGCGUCAUCGGAAUGGAGGGACAUGGGAAAGAUGAGCCGCAUCGUGUAACUCUUGGCUACGAGUGUCUGCGAAGUCCGGACAUAGAUAUGAUGAUUAUGAAGGCUCUGGGAUUUCCUUUCGAACACAAUAGAGCGAGUAGAGAUCUAUUCGUGGACGUCCAGUUUGAAAACAUCGAAAGCGCCUAG